AUUUAUUUUAUGAUGCCAACAAAUUCUGACGUUAACGUAAGUAGUGGACAAAAUAAAAAAAUUACUCAAGUCCAGAAAUCGUUAUUGAUCAUUUACACUAUGGUUCAUAUCUUGGCUGUACUUCUUGCAGUUUUUAUUGCUUACAUUGCCCAACCAGGAAGUUCUUUGUUUUCAUGGCACCCAACAUUGAUGACAAUUGGGUUUGGUUUGUUUAUGUUUGAAGCAAUAUUACUGUUCAGUCCAUACAGUUCACUGAUGCAUUCAGCUGACCGUAAAACCAAGACAAAAUACCAUUGGAUUCUUCAGCUUUGUGCGACUGUUUCUAUUUUGCUGGGUUUUGCAGCUAUUCUUAUAAACAAAGUUCAAAUGAAUAAAGCCCAUUUUCAAACAUGGCAUUCUAUUAUUGGAUUAGUUGCAACUGUAUUUGUCUCAUUUCAAGCAUUAGCUGGAUUUUCGUUAAUUUACAACAUCAAAUUUCUAAACCCUUUUAAAGCAUCGUUGGGGACACGGAAGAAAAUGCAUGCUUUGUAUGGAUCUAUUGUUUUUCUUUUUGGAAUGGCAUCAAUUUUUUUAAGCUUAUAUUCAAACUUCGUGCUUCAAAGCACUGGACAACUUACAUGGUAUUUAUUACUUUUUCUUGUAUCAGCUCUGUCUUCAGUUAUUGUUAAUCAAGUGUCAAAUGGUUAUCUAUUUUCAAAAAAAUAGUUAAAGAUUUUUUGUAACCAGUUGCAACAAAAAGUUUAAAUCAAAUCUUUUAUGGAAAUAAAUGCGUAUUUGGUUUGUAAAAGUAUUAAAGUGUAUUAAAAAUGAAAUAUAUUACAAAUUUUUCUGUGA